AUCAUGGACGACUUCAAUAGCGAAACAGAUAGUGACUACACAAGUUACUGGAGAGACUGGUUCAUAUCCUCCCGUGGAAAUGAGUACUUUUGCGAAAUCGACGAAGAAUACCUCACCGAUCGUUUCAACUUGACUGGCCUGAACACAGAAGUGCAAUACUACCAAUAUGCGCUAGACCUGGUCACCGACGUAUUCGAUUUCGACUGCGACGACGACAUGCGGGAACAGAUUGAGAAGUCGGCACGACAAUUGUACGGCCUAGUGCAUGCACGCUACAUAGUGACAACACGCGGACUGGCGAAGAUGCUCGAGAAGUUUAAGAAAUCCGACUUUGGCAAAUGCCCCCGCGUAAUGUGCGAAUCACAGCCUCUGCUCCCAAUGGGCCAAUCUGAUGUGGCCAACACCUCCCCCGUGAAGCUUUACUGCUCACGAUGCGAAGAUCUUUACAACCCCAAGUCGUCGCGCCACGCCAUAAUCGAUGGCGCGUACUUUGGGUCCUCGUUCCACAACAUCCUAUUCCAAGUGUAUCCGACGAUGCUUCCGCCCAAGAGUCAAAAACGGUAUUCCCCGAGAGUCUUUGGGUUUAGGGUACACGCGGCGGCGGCACUGAGCAGAUGGCAAGCGGAAGAGCGGGACAAAAUGAAGGAGAGACUAAGGCUGGCUAGAGUGGAGACCGGAUUCGAGGAUGAGGAUGAAGAACUCGAGGACGAAGAGGACGAAGAUAUGGAGGGGACUGAAUUCGAGCGGGCAAUCACACAGCAGUUAUAGAUACCUGUGCGGAUUGAAGGAUCAUAGUGUGGCGUACGGCGCUGGCGUUGGAAGAAGUAGUCUUAUUCACUGCUCAAAUGCAUGCUGGGUUCAUUUCGUUGAGGACCACUUGAUCAAUCGACGGGGCGCCGAACAUGAUGUUCUACCAAAACCUUGUGACUGUUCUCCAUAAGGCACGUCUCUCCCUUACGAGGGCCGGAUGUCAAAUUUCUGCAGUGGCCGCAUCUAGCUUCAUUCGCAAAAGAAGGUUGGAAAAAGAGUCGACACAGGAUGUAAGGACAU